AUGACUACGACGCCGCAAGAGGUGCCCCUGCACUCCAUCGACCGCACUCCCGAGUAUGAGGAGUUUAUGACCAAGCUCAAAGAAUUUCAUGAGAAGCGAGGCACCAUUCUCGACCCCGAACCUAAAGUUGGUUUGAUAUAUCUCGAUUUAUACAAAGUAUUCAAUCACGUCGUUGCCAGUGGAGGCUACGACAAAAUUUCUGAGGAGAAGUUGGCCUGGCGCCGUGUUGCAGCCGAGUUGGGUUUGCACUCAAACAACGAAGCCUCGACAGCAUUUUCCCUCAAGGAAAAGUUUUACAAGAACUUGGCCGCUUACGAGAUCAAGACAGUCCACAACAAAGAGCCACCUCCAAAGGAGAUUCUGGAGGACGUCACCGCAAAGGGUGCCAGCUUAUUGACCCGCACGCUUGAGAACUUCCGGCCGAAGCGUGACAGCAACGUGAACGCUGGUGACUCUGCGGCAUCAGGUGACGACGGCACACCGACGCGUGAACGUUCUGCUCCUGAAGCUCCUUCAAGCUCCCGAGCUUCUCGUGGUCUUCGAGAGGCACCUCCACAGCGCGUCAUCUUCCAGCCCGACACAGGCCCCAGUCGUUCGACUCGGCAGGCUGUCCAAAACGCUGCUCAAAGCGCAUCUCCAGCUCAAGGAAACUCACAGACGACACAUCACACAAACAUGCCUCCAAUGCCGCCCGGCGGCCACCAGGGCCGUGGGCCUUCUAUCAUGCAUCACCCAUCAAACUCGGAAAACACUUCCAACAUGGUGCUCUCGUACCAACCAAAACAUCUAAAACCUUUACAACUACGAGCUGUUGCAACUCCCAGCAGCGCUCCCAGUGAGUUUCAACGGCAUCGUCUGCCUCACCGGCCGGCUCUCGUUGACCCCACAAGCCGUCAGCCAAUGCAACCAGGCACUGGAUUCGAUGGACCUAACAUCUAUACCCGUUGCCUGAAUGCACUACGAUCUGGUGUUCCAAGUGAGCAAGCUUUUGCAUUAAACCACCUCGUCAAGAUAUCUUUCGAACGGGGUGACAAGUAUCGCUUCGACGCUUUCCCUGGCCUUGCAGAGGGGCUAGUCGACAAGGGCCUUGAGGUCGGCAGCUUGUUUUACCAUGUUUGUUGGACCGUUUCAUGGGAUCCGUAUGCAGACUCUGGUGGCAUUGGUUCCCUAGAUGGCAACAAUGGAACACCGGAUAUUCUCGACCGUAUUGCCAACUUGGUAGAGAAGGAUCAGCCAGAUGCCCUUCAAACCGAAGCAUAUACCGACCAAAUGGUGUUGAUCACGGAAGCCGUCCUAACUCUCCGCAACAUGGUGACUUUGCCAGAAAAUGCGGUGAAUAUGUCAGACUUCUACCCCAUCAAAGACCUGAUCUGCAUCAUCGUGCACUUACCCCCUAAGGAUUGUCUAACAGAGCUGAAGCACAUGGCGUUGGACAUUGCGGAGCAGAUCACACCAUUUAUGGUCCUCGAUUCCGACGAUCCGUUGUACAAGACUUUGUUGCAACAGCUGUCAUCUGACGAUCGAGGUACAAUUUUAACCUCUCUACGAGCGUUGGGUCGCAUCUCGAUGAACCUUGAAGCCACGAACAAGCUUAGCAAUGUACCCGCAGAAUCCCUCCAGCGCAUUACAAACUGGUUACUGCUCAACGAUGAUGAGUUGAUGGAUGCCUGCUUGGAUCUACUAUACCAAUACACAGCUGUUGUCGCUAAUGUGGACAAUCUCGUCCGAUCAACCACGCCGGAGAACCUUGUUGACCAUCUUGUCCGGCUUUUGGCACAUGGAGCCAGAAAAGUCCACCGAGACUUCAUUCUUGUUCCCGAGCAAAAGCUCCCAGCUCGUGACGAAAUUGCUCCAAUGCCAGAAGAUUUGCUGCAGCAAAUGAUCAAGCUAGAAGAGCCCGAUCGAGUGCACAAAUGGGUGAAAUGCUUCUUCGAAGAGGAUAAUGACUCUUUUGUCACACAGCUAGCCGCUUGGCAAGCCUACCAGUCCGCUUUUGUCGGCCCCCUGAAGGCUAUUGGCCAACCCAUGAUUACGCCGGCAGACUUCAUUCGGAACAGUACUUCCGUAUAUAAGGAUUCCAACGCGCAAGUCCUUCGUGAACCUGGGGAGCCACAGCAGAAGUUCAUCAUUCACGGGAUCCGCGCUCGGCCUCGCCCAUUGAACUUUGAAGAUGCAGAAUAUGUUCGCUGCCUAUGGGCUACCAAUCCGGAAAAACGAAAUGAAAAGUGUGGGCAGUUCUUUCUCAAGCCAGAGCAGAUGUGGAACCAUAUUAUAACAAAACACCUCGACGAGAAAGCAAACGAAUCCGGGCAGUUUAGCAACAAAGAGAGGAAAUUUGUGUGUACUUGGGGCGAGUGUUCCAAAUAUGCUACACCAACGAGCCUGCAAUUGCAGGACUUUGCGCGCCAUGUCAACACCCACAUAAUGGCUGCUCUUCCCAACGAUACCAAAAACCAGCAAAAACCUUGGGUUGUGCCAGCCAAGACUAUGGCGGUUACAUAUGAAGAGACGAUGACUGUCCGGGAUGAGAGAAACCCCAACUUGCCCCCUCAGGCAGCUGGUAUUCCCCUCAGUGCCGUUCUAGUACUCCGCAAUAUUGCACGAAACGUUGUCAAGACCGAAGCAGAGGAGGAACUUCUCAAGAUGCAAGAGUCCAACAACUCUGAAAAGGGUGGUUGGAAUGAGAAGUUGUUCCGGGCUGUUUUGCCUCGUCUAUUUGAGGUUCUCGCUGAGAACCGAGCUUUGCCUGAGGAUGAAGAAGAAUACUAA